UUUAGCUUCCUCUCAUUGGAUAAGACGAAAGAAAAACUAGAGGUGCUCUAUUUUUUCACUGAAAUGGCGCCACUAGCAAAUUCCAAAUCCAAUUACAUUUAACUUUCCAACAUUUUCUGCUAACUUCUUUUGUUCCCAUUAAUGGAUUGUGUUGUGUUUAUGCACCCAUCAGUUCCAAGAAUCUUCAUCAGUUCAUCAUGUACUGUUCAUCAAAAAUCUUUAGGAAAUUAUUCUCAGAUUAAUAUGUUAGUUGGACACUAUAGAAAAGGACCAUCUCCCAAUUUGAAUACUACUUCAACAUGCUGGGCUGCUGGAGAUUCUCAAUAUGAGAGCAAUGAGAAUGGUUCUGUUCCAUUUGAAACAUUAUUGAGUGCUGAAAUAACACAUGAAACUAUUGAUUUCUUUGUGAGUGAAGCAGAGGGUGAUCCUGAUUGUCCUUCCAAAGGCUAUUCUUCUAUUGAAGAGGCACUUGCUGCAUUGAGGGAAGGAAAGUUUGUUAUUGUUGUAGAUGAUGAAAGUGGGGAAGUGGAAGGAAACCUUGUCAUGGCAGCAUCCUUUGCUAGUGCUGAGGCAAUUGCUUUUAUGGUGAGACAUGGUUCAGGCAUUAUUUCUGUGGGCAUGAAAGAAGAGGAUCUUGAGAGGCUUAACCUUCCUUUGAUGUCACCUGAAAAAGAUGACUAUUCUGCUCCAUCCUUCACAAUCACAGUGGUAAUAUGAAUCUU